AUGAAAGUGCUUAUCGUCGGCGCUACUGGAAUGGUUGGAGGCGAGGCCCUCAUCCAAUGCCUCGCUCACCCAACUAUCACAAAGGUUGUCGCGUUUCUUCGACGCGACCUGCCAGCAGAGGUAUCUAAGAACCCGAAGCUUGAGUCUGUCUUGAUCAAAGAUUUUGCGAUAUGGCCAGAAGAUGUUUUGCUGGCACAUUCGGACGCCGCUGCUAUGAUUUGGGCCAUGGGAACGUACAAAGGAAGCCUCACAGCCGACUUAGAGCAUCCAGUCACGUUCAUAGAAAGCAUGGGGCGAGUGUUGGACACAAAACACAGCGGAGCCCCGUUUAGGUUUGUGAAUCUAGGUGGUAAAUUUGUGCGCCAGGACCAAGAGAAAAGGCUGUGGUUUCUAGAAAAACCGCGCAAGAUCAAGGGUCUGCUUGAGACCAAAGCUCUUGCAUUCGCAGAAAGCCAUGCAAGCAUUUGGGAGACUUUCAUCCUAAAACCAGGGGGGAUUUUAACGAAGAAAAUGGCGGCAAGCGGUGGAGGUGUAAUUGGGGCCAUAAUGGGCGAGAAUUGGAUAGUGCGACUUGAAGAAUUAGGCGCGUUCAUGGUGCAGCUUGCUAUUAAUGCAGAAGGGGAGGAACCCAUCAUUGAAAACGCACGCAUUGUGAGAAGGGGAAGGGAGUUGUUGGAAUCAGACGCAAAAUAA